UAUUCUUGCAUGUGGGUGGCAGGGCCAGGAAGCUGGAGGCUCUGAUAAUCUCUUGUGUGGCUUUUGAGGACAGCCAGUUCUUCAUCUGCUGGCUCUGGUCUUGUCCGACUCCACACACACAAAAGCCAUGGGAACCCUGGAGGGACACCUGCUACCAGGAGUGGGCCUCCUCCUCUUCUCAUUCUACUACUCGGCGCUGACAUCCUUGGCCCUGCUACGGGAACAGAAGGUCCUCAAGCACCCCCUGCUCCCAGGGAAGCUGCGGGGACACAGGCUGUCUCGGCAGGUACCGUAUGAAGCCGUGGUGAAGGUGCUCGUCCCCACCUGUGGCAUUAUCGGUGAAUAUUUCUACCCCCUCGGGGUGAAUCGCGUGCAGAUGAUAGACUGGAAGGACCCUCGGCGGCCGUUUGUCUUCAAGGACAACUGGCAGCAUGUAACCAUGUUUGGGUUCUUUAUUCUCAGUGGCGUGGUGGACAUGGUGAGCCAGGCACACCUGGGCCGUUGGGGUGUGAAGCUGGAGCGUGCAGCCGAGGCGUUGGCUUUCUAUGUGCUGAUCAUGCUGAUGGUAACCCACAUCGAGAACAAAAGCUCCUUGGAGAUCCGAGUACACCUUCUGCUAAUGAUACCCUCCUUCUUCCUUGCUCUGGUGCUCACUGUGGAGGUCUGGGUCCCCAACCAUCCUCCAAUCUGGAUCCUCAAGUGUUGGCUGGGGCUGGUGUUAAGCAGCUGGAUGAUGCAGAUCUGUGAGAUGUAUAUACCUCUUACUGGACAGCCCUGGAGGGCAGACGACCCCAUGGAUCAUGCAUUCCUAACCAUCUUCUUCUGCUGGCACCUGGUCUUGGCGGCUGCCCUGUUCCUGGCCACCUAUGGCCUCUGCAGUCUCUGGCACAGACACUAUUCUUCCUGGACAAAGACUCCUGGUGCUAGGUACCAGCGGUGCCCUAUGGAAUCCAGUAGUGAGGAGCUAGAGAAACUCAAGGCAGAGACCCUGCCGCAGGAUGAAGUCGUGUAGGAACAGAAGCUGUCGGGAGUGCUGUAUGCACAACCUGGGAUCCACAGCAUAGCUUCCCACCCCAGGACUAGCUUCUUCUCCCUAAAUAAAACUUCUAGCUCCAAGGAUGA